AUGAGAAAAGCCUUUGCAUGGGCCUGCGUGGCCCUCAGUGGCAGCUGUCGGGCCGACUGUGUGGAGGACGACUGCUUGGCAACUUCCCAGGAUGCUGGAGCCAGUUGGGUUCAGAUGAAGAUCUCCAAGCUGGAGAACAGCAAAGCCACGCCAGGCACAGACGAGUUCGGCAACUUCUACUCCAAGCGUGGUGGAGACUUGCUGGGCAGCAAUGCUAUCUCGUGGGACAUGCCACAGGACUUUUCGAACCCUGCAUGGACAUGGAAUAAUGAGCUCGACGAGCAAGUUCGCCAUUCACCGCUGAUCGACAGCAAGAAGAACAUCUACGUCACAGGGACAUUGCGACUGCGAAAGUUCAGCCCCGAGGGAAAGCUGCUGUGGCUGUUCAGUCAGGACGAGCCCGGCCACACUUCGCCUGUCUUGGGUGAUGGCUUGGUCUACUUCCGAGUGGGGUGCGGUGACGGCCACAGCCGCAUCUAUGCCCUGGACAUGGAGACAGGCAAGGUGGUGAUCAACAAGACCGUCGCAGGCUUCGAUUAUGGACCAGACAGCCCGUCUCUCCUGCUGACAAAAAACCGGCUCUUCGUGCCCGCCUCGGCGCGCUCCUUGUCCGCUGGCGGGUGUGACUCCGUGCUUGCAAUGAAUGCAUCCACAGGUGACCUACUUUGGACAUACACCGCGGACGAUGUCAUGUGGAACAUGGCCCCAACCACUCCAGAUGGUGGCGACAGCAUAACCUUUUCCAGCAGCUGCGGCAUUUUUCAUCGCAUCUCUGCUGCGGACGGUCAGUUGAUGGUGAAGUCUGCCGACAAAAUCGGAAUCGCCGGUGUGUGUGGCACUGGAGGUGGUACUGCAGGUCCCAACGGUCUUUUUUACGCUGCUCAUGGCUCGUUUCCCGAUGGGCAGCCUGUCAGCUUCAUGCCGCCGGACCUCGACAUGUUCAUCACUGCAUACAAUAUGACCACGGGUGAAAUUGCCUGGCGCGUUCCUCUUGAGAAACCCUACGAAGCUCCGCAAUCUCCAGCAGUGGGUUAUCUCUACGAGGGAGGGCCCUUGGCGGUUGUAGCUGCCAUUGGCCAAAACACUGGCAUGCCACCUUUGAUCAUCGACGAGGGCGAGAUGGCCGGCUAUUUAGCAAGUGCAGAUGUUCGACGUCAGCUGAAUAUUACUGGGCUUAAGAAUUCCGUCAUUGCGCUGGAUGCGGCUACUGGUGCCGGAAUCUGGCGUUGGGACGAGGCAGACUGGGACCAUCUCGGAGCCGCCGGAGAUGAGGAGGGCUUUCCCCGACGAGCUCUGCUUGGAAGCAUUGAGAACCCAGUCUGCCUUCCAGACAAUCAGGGUAUUCCUCUCAUCAACACGAAGGCUGGCGUCGUCAUUGCUUCCAGCUCCCACAAUGGCAAUAUGACCCUAAUCCGCGAUACGAAUAAGAAUGGCAUCAUCGAGGACGGUGAGACGACCGCCUUUGCGCCCGGGAUCGCUUUCCUCAACAGCCCAUCGUCGGCACCCGACAUGCUGGUGGCUUCCCCGUGCUGGGGUCCGAUGUAUGUUUUCCGGCAGUGA